AUGGUGGGAGAGCUGAGGAGAAGCAGGUUGCCCAAGACCCCUGGACUUUCCAUCCAAACCUUUCCUCCCUCUGAGCGGAACUGGGUGUGCUACCCAUUAUCCUGUAAGUUAGCCACAUUUGCUAGUCAUGUUUCUCAAGCAUGGUUGACAGUGGGGAUCACCUCAGAGUCACAACAGGGUCAAAACGGCCUCUUGGAUACCCUGGCCUCUCUUUACCACGCGUCCUCCCUAUCUGAGCAGAGACAAAUGACAGUACUAGUCCACCUGGCCAACUCUGAUCCCACCUGGCUCAAGAGGACUGUCUUCCACAUAUCAAAUCUCUACAGGUCCCAAAUCUUGAGAGGGCAAUUACUACUGAUCCAUGCCCCACCCGAUGUCUACCCCACUGUGAAUAAUGUCCAGAAGGAGAUCUCUCAGGAGCAGAUCUACUCCAAGCAGAAUGUAGAUCAUGCUUUCCUUAUGAGCUUUGCCACAAAACUCUCCACUUAUUUCCUGCUGAUAGAGGACAAUGUCUUUUGUGCCCCCAAUUUUCUCAACCACAUUCGCUCAAAGGUGAUCUACAGGAAGCCCAACACGUGGGUGCUCCUAGAGUUCUCUAAUAUGGGCAUCCUGGGCAAACUUCUCCACAGCAGGGACCUUCCACUCCUGGCCCGCUUCCUCCUCCUCUUCCACAAAGAGCGACCUCUCGAUUGGCUGAUCCGUCAUUUCAGUACCCUCCUGGCCCAGCAAAGUCCAAUCCUCUGCAGACCAUUUCUGUUUUACCACAGGUUGACUCACUUCACUUCUGAGAACAAGACCUUAACAGGCCAGGAGAGGGAUCCUACGGAUCUGCACAUCCUCUCUGGAACUGUUUACACGGACAUGAUGUUCUCAGAUGUCCAUUCCCCACAGGAGGCCUACACUCCCGAUGAGUCGUUCUUUUGGUCCUACAAUGUCAGUACAGGGAACUAUCUGAUAGUGAUUUUGGACAAUCCGGCAAACCUCAUCAGAGUACAAGUAAGGACAGGCUCCAUCAUGGAUGGGAAGUACAUCCUGGAGAAAGGACAGGUGGAGCUCGGCUAUGAGCCUGAAGGGGUACCCCCAAACUGUACCAGCUUUGCCCUGCUGGGCCGCCUCGUGCAGGGGCAGAUGGAUCAGCUCAUUCUGAAAAGCGUUGGGUGUGAAGUAAGUUGCGUGAAGCUGGCAGUGAAUGCUAAUCAGCUCGGUGGCCUCAUGAUCAGGCAUAUCUACAUCUGGGGGGAAAACGCCAAAAACAGAAAAGAUGACCGAAAAGACAAUGGGUUGAUGUAUUGGCGUAUGAACAAUUAA